UAAUCCUCCUUUAAUCGAAGAUCAUAAACAACAAGAAUUAAUAAAAAGCUCAUCAAGAUUUGAACAAGAGUUGAAAUUAGCUUCUGUCAAAAGGAUAAUUACUGAUGCAUCCAAAUUCGCCGGAAGACAAAAUCAAAAUGUUAAACAAUGGUUACAGGAAUUUGACGAAGCUUUACAAUUGGUCAGGGUUAGUGAUGUAGCUAAAUAUGAGCAAUUGGUUUUGAAAUUAUCCGGUAGCCAAAAUAUGGUACCAAAAUAAUAAAUCAUCCCUAUCAACAUGGUCGCAACUUGUGGAUGGUCUACACCAAACAUUCUCUUUACCGAUUGAAAGAGAACUGGCAUUUAAACAAUUGAACAGUCGUCAACAAGGUGCCAAUGAACCAGUUACACAGUAUGUUAACCAAGUUAUUCACUUGUGCACACAGGUUAAUCCAAAUAUGGAUGAUAGUACAAAAAUUGAUUAUCUUAAAUCGGGCUUAAAAAAUUCCUUGAAGAUGUUCGUGGCAUUAAAAGAACCAUCAGACCCAACAACAUUUUUACAAGCAGCAAGAAUAGCCGAAUUAUAUCAGGGAAAUUCAGCAAAUGAUCAAUCAACGGUUAGUACGUUACAGCCGCCAUCAACACCAUUAUCAAACAAGUCACCAUAUAGAUUUGAUCAUCGAGAAUUAGGGAAAAAAUAUUCAAGGUAUGGAAGAGGAAGACCAGCAGGACAUAAUUAUUCACCGUUUAAUGAAUCACGACCGACGAACAACAACAAUCAAUAUUCGACAACAUCUAGCUAUCAACCACCACCAAAUAGAGCAACCAAUUCUGGUAUCAGUCAGGCGUCUGUACCCGAUUCAUAA